AUGUCUUCUCGACAUUCUGGAUCUUCCCGACAUCGAUCGCACCAGUCUAGGAGCAAUGAUACGAAUGCAGAGGAAAUGAUCGAACAGGUCAAAACCAUCGUAACACAGCUAAACGAUGUCGUUGCAUCGAAUCCUCAUGAUUGGGAAACCUACCUCCCAUCUGCCCGGUCCGCCUUGGCUGCCCUUGAGCAUGUUCGCUUCUUCCGUAAUCCUCAGCGUUAUGCCGAACAAGUCUGGAUUCUUCAUGGACUCCAGGACUAUGCUUUUCAUGAUUCCGAUUCCGGAUGUAUCCCCGAGAUUGCAGACUUUUGCCAGACAUCAUGGCUACGAAUUCUUAGAAACUACCCAGAGAAUGUGGAAACCUUGACAGGUCUUGGAAGCAAUUGGCUCCAGAGAGCUCAGGCAACACUUGCCAGAAUUCAGCGUGAGGAGUGUAACGACUCUUCAAGUCAAGGUAGUGGUCAAGCAGCAUCUCCACCCACCGAUCCCAGGAGACAAGGGCCUCUUUACGUCGAAGCUCGAGGAUAUCUACAGCCUGCUGUAGACUUCUAUGCUAGAGCCGUCAGAUCUUCAGAUGCCCUCGGCAGAAUCUCAGGCGACAUCUUGGCAUCGGCUGCAGAGUCGCAGAUGUCCCUAGGAAAUGUAACUGCAUCCCCAGGUGACGAGCGUUGUUUCACUCAAGCCAUCCGUUAUCUUCGCCGCGCUGAUGCUAUUCCUGGGUACACGUUGUCGAUCUACCUCGAGCAGUAUUUGAAUGACUAUGGAAGAUAUGUUUCGUAA